CGAGUCCCUCCCCUUCUUCCCCAACUCUCCUCCGACGAUCCCCCAAACACAAAAGAACGCCAUUUUUUUUUUCUCUGAAAUUUUUCUAUUUUUCUUUUCUACUUCCAAAGUUAAAUUCCAAUCGGACGAUUACUUUCCGGGAAAGCCAACGACAAUUUGCCCGGCAAUGGCGAGAAUACUUUCCCUCUCAACUUUCUCUCUCUAAAACCACUAUGCAUUUCCCCAAACAUGUCGUUCUUAAAAGACAUCGUUGACUCUCUGAGCUCGAUCCUGUCCCCGAACGAGCCCCACGAGGAGCCUAGCUCCCCCAAUUCUCCGGCCAUGGAAGCCGGAGCUUCGAUUUCGAACGAGCGCGUGGCGUACAAGCUCAAGGGUUACUUCGAUUUGGCCAAGGAAGAGAUCGACAAGGCCGUUAGGGCUGAGGAGUGGGGCGUAGUCGACGACGCCAUUGCUCACUACACCAACGCUCAGCGCAUAUUCGUCGAAGCUAUUUCGACUCCUACUCCUUCUUUUAUUACCGACAGUGAACGGGAAAAGGUGAAAUCUUAUCGUCAAAAGAUAUCGAAAUGGCAGGGUCAGGUGUCUGAGAGAUUGCAAACUUUAAGUAGACGAGCAGUUUCUGUUUCAGGCGGGACAUCCAUUAAUAAGAACAACUUAGUUCCUGCCCAAAAAACAACAGUUGCAUCGACAACGUCAAACGCUAGGAAACCUGUUUUGCCUAAGUCUCUUCAUCCCAGUACAAACAAUCCGGUGGUGAGGAAUAAGACGCAUAGUACUGCAAACACAAAACCCAUGCCUGAUUCUGGUGGUAAUUAUGAAGCAAAAUUGGUUGAAAUGAUAAAUACGUCAAUAGUGGAUAGAAGUCCUUCCGUUAAAUGGGAAGAUGUUGCUGGUCUCGAGAAAGCUAAGCAAGCCCUAAUGGAGAUGGUUAUUUUGCCGACUAAAAGAAGAGACUUAUUUACAGGACUUCGUAGGCCAGCUAGAGGUUUGCUUCUCUUUGGUCCCCCUGGUAAUGGGAAGACCAUGUUAGCUAAAGCAGUUGCUUCAGAAUCAGAGGCGACAUUUUUCAAUGUUUCUGCAUCUUCCUUGACAUCAAAAUGGGUAGGAGAAGCUGAAAAGCUUGUAAGAACUCUCUUCAUGGUUGCUAAGUCCAGACAGCCUUCUGUAAUUUUCAUGGAUGAGAUUGAUAGUAUGAUGUCAACAAGGCAGGCUAAUGAGAAUGAUGCAAGCAGACGGUUAAAGUCAGAGUUCUUAAUUCAGUUUGAUGGGGUGGCUUCUAAUCAUAAUGAUCUAGUUAUUGUUAUUGGUGCUACUAACAAGCCACAAGAACUCGAUGAUGCAGUUCUGAGGAGAUUGGUGAAGAGAAUAUACGUCCCGUUACCAGAUGAAUCACUUAGAAGAGUUCUUCUUAGACACAAACUCAAGGGCCAAGAAUUCUCCUUACCCAGUGGAGAUUUAGAGAGACUUGCAAGAGAAACAGAAGGAUAUUCUGGGAGUGAUCUGCAAGCCUUGUGUGAAGAAGCUGCUAUGAUGCCAAUUAGAGAGUUAGGUGAAACCAUUCUCACCGUCAAGGCAAAUCAGGUAAGACCGCUAAGAUACGAUGACUUUCGGAAGGCAAUGACUGUGAUCAGACCAAGCUUAAACAAAAGCAAGUGGGAAGAACUUGAAAAGUGGAACGAGGAAUUUGGCUCUAAUUGAACUCAUUUGUAAAUGUUAUACCUCAACCUCGACGCUGCGCGCUAAGGUUGAGAUUUGUUUCUAUUCUUCAAAUGUAACUUAUAUAUGGCGUCUACUUUUAUAUAAAGAAAGGUCAUUGCAAUGUGCAUAUGGAAAUUCGAAUUCAAAAAGGAAUGAAAAUAAAAUGAAUAAACAUCGAUUC